AAAAGAGGCUCAGAGCGCCUACCCGUCGGAUCUGCAAUUCAAGAGAUACAAAUUCAAAUACCUACCACUACUUCCUCAACAUUGUGAUACCAAACAUGACACGGCUGUGGGCUUGCCUGCUCCUCCUGGGAGUGGGGCUACUGGGAACCAGAUCCAUCCAGGCGGUGCCCUUCUAUGGCGAUUCUACCAUCGAAGCGGAUUCUGAAUCGGAGGGCUCACCGGAGUCCUCUGCCGAAUCCUCAGAUAAAUCCAGCUUUAUGCCACACUUAACCCACCCAUUGCCGCUGCAUCGCACCCUGUUUGCACCACUUGCCCCGCUCGAACCGCUCGCUCCGCUUGAGCCACUGCAUGCCCAGGCCUCGCAGCGUGUGGCAAGUGUUUGGCCUGCCCCUCCCGUACCUUUGGCCCCCCAGCGCCAAUCCUCUCACCUGUUGCCACUCUUCAGCAGCAGCUUCGACACUGAGUUCGUGCCACUGGAGCAUCAGCAGCCGCCGCCGCAGGGACGACAGGAGGUGGGAAGCGUCCCACCCGUUCAUACCCCAAGUGGAUUAGACCAAAAGCCAUUCAAUGUGGAUGCCAUCACUACCGACGUGAAUAACCCGAAUCCGGCUAUAUUCUUCCAGCAGUCGUUCCCCUUCUUCGGCAAUGAGUUCUUUAAUUCCUUCGGAGGAUUCGGAUUUGGAGCCGCCCAGGAGCCUUGGUGGAAGGGACCCAAUGUGUGCACCGAAAAGGAGGAAGACGAGACUGUGGCCACCGAGACGGAGGGUGAGGAAACCGUGGACACCUUUGGCCAGGAACGUGACGGUGUGAGCAGCGUGGUGCGAUCUCCCCUCUUUGGCCAGUUCCAGUUCAGUGUUAACUCUUGUGCCGAGAAGCCCAACAAACACGUCUGCACCAAGAUCGUGAAUCAAAACGGCAAGAAAAAGACUUUGACGCUCACUCGCCAAUGCUGCUAUGGAUAUGGCCGACCCAGGAACGCCGACUUUACCACUCCUUGCGAGAAGAUCGACAUCAAGGAUGUGGAGGCUACCGCCAGCGAAAUGGGUGCCAAGCAGUUCUUGGAGAGCGCUCGUAGUUCCGGAGAGCUGGCCGAUAUGCUGGGCGCUGGAAAUGGCAAGAAGGUGACCCUGUUCGUACCCAAUGAUGCGGCUUUCGUGGAAUACCGAGGACAGCAACAGCAGGAAAAUAAUGUUGAGGAUGCCAAGGCCGAGUCUUCGAACCCAUCCAAGUCCGUUUACAAGCUUCACGCGGUGCUGGGAGAAGUACAGCUGGAGGAUGUACCCAAUGAGCAGCUGCUGCAGACUGAACUGCCAGACCAGAAGAUCCGCAUCAAUAGCUACCAGUUGCCAGUAGCCCUGGGUCUGGAGCCUUUCCGCUAUGCCGCCAACUGUGUGCCCAUUGAGAAGCACGACAAGCUGUCCGAGCAGGCACUUGUUCACACGCUGGGCGGAGUACUCAAGCCACUGACCAAGAAUGUUAUGGAUCUUAUCAGGGAACGCGCUGAUAUGUCCAUUAUGCGCACCGUCCUGGAGAAGACCAACCUGAGUGCCAUGCUGGAAGGUGACAAGCCAGUUACUAUCUUUGUGCCCACUGAUGCUGCCUUCGACAAGCUGGAGCCUCAUCUGCGACGUGCCCUCAAGGAAGGCCGUGGUUGUGCCUCAAACAUUCUGAAGAACCACAUGCUAGAUCUGACCUUCUGCUCGCUGGCCACCGUUCCUGGUGCUAAGACUACGGCCUAUAAUCUUCUCGGAGAGGCGCUGCUUCUCAACCGCACCCAGGGCAACGCAAACCAGACCGGACCGGCUACCAUUUCCAUCAACAAUGUGGCCAAGAUUGUGGAUGCUGACAUCAUGGGCACCAACGGAGUUCUGCACGUCAUUGACACCAUUCUGCCCACCGAAUCGGCCCUGCCUAUGACCUCGCUGAUGGCCCAGAAGAACCUGACCAUCUUCCAGCGUCUUCUGGAGGCCUCUGGAUACGAUGACCAGUUCGAUGACCUCGACAAUGUCACAAUCUUUGCGCCCACCGACAAGGCUCUGCAGAACAGCGAGUGGGCCCGUAUGCUGAAGGAUCAGCCGGAGCUGUUGAACCAUAACCUGGACCUGCUGGAGUUCCUCAACUACCAUGUGGUCAAGCCAAUGAUCAAGACCUGUGAGCUGUCCGAGAAGUCCCUGCCAACUGUGGCUGGUGCCAGCGUCCGGCUGAACCUCUACUCCACACACGCCCUCUUCUCCGACGUAAUGAACCGGGCCACGGUCAACUGUGCCCGUCUGGUUCACUUUGACGACGAGAGCUGUGGAUCAGUGCUCCACCAGGUAGAUCGUCCACUGUCCCCUCCCAAAAAUAACAUGCUGAAACUCCUGGAGGCUAACCCCAACUAUAGCAAGUUCCUGGAGCUAGUGCGCAAAGCCAAUCUCACCCAGCUGCUGUCCAACGACUCCCGCAGCUUGACCCUUUUGGUGCCCAAGAACGAUGUCUUCGAGGAGUUGACUGAGUCGGGAGAGAGUGCCAAGCCUAUGGAUGCCGCUGCCCUGGUCAAGACUCACGUCGUUGAGGAUGUGGUCUGCUGUGCUGGCAUCAUCCCCACCAACUGGCCCUUCGUGCGCUCCAUUGAGUCCAUUUCGGGCCAGCAUCUGCGCAUCACCCGUGACCGUCGGCCCAAGAUCGAGAACGCCGGUGUCACCAAGUGUGAUGUAGUCGCCACCAAUGGCAUUUUGCACGAGAUCAACGACAUCAUCGUGCCUCGGCCCCAGCGCAACCAGCAGCGACCCCAGCUGAUCCCACCCGGCGCUGGCUAUCAGCCCCAGGGCGACUUCGACGUCUUCUUCUGAAGACCGCCGCUAUCUCAAUAAAAUGAUAUAUACAGAAUAUAUUUAUAAUUACUCUUAACGAUUUGUCAAUUGAUUGGAAGCCUAAAAAAGCUAUGAUUUCUCUCUGAUGAAUAAAAUAAAAUAAAUAGUAUUAAAAUAA